AUGAUUUUGCUCGGCACCGAGAACAUUAUCAUUCGUGAUGUCUUGACAGAAAAGUUUGAAAGACCCGCAUCAGUGGAUCAGACAUUCACAGAUUUUGACGGCGUAGCAUAUCAUUUGGAAUCGACGAGCAAAGCAGGCCCUCUCACACUCUCGAUGGACAUCCGAUGCUGGUCCGAGCUGGUGCAGGCUGGUGCCGCCGACGUGCUCAAGCGCGAGUACGGCUCGUGGAUUCGCGACACGGUCGAGCCGGAAUACAGCAUCACGCUUGAAUUCGACUACGCCAAGGUUCCUGCUGCGGGUCCCGAACGCGAUGCGCUUAUCGCCAGCGUCUCACUGCUCAAGCGCAAUGCGAUGGCCGCGCCGUUUGAACGCGCCUUUGCCCUGCAGAAGCAGCUCGAAGCAGCGGCGCACGAGAGCGGCACCGCCGGCGUGCCCAGCACGGGAACCGACAUCAUGCCCAUCAACUACCGCGACGAUGAGGCGAUCUACGUCAUCCCCUCGGCCGACCGCGUCACGGUCGUAUUCACCACCACGUUCAAGGAGGAAACCGACAAGGUGCUCGGUAAAGUGUUCUUGCAGGAAUUCGUCGACGCCCGCCGCCAACCAUCGAUCCAGAACGCUCCACAGGUGCUGUACUCGAAUAGGGAGCCCCCGCUGGAGGUACGCAACGUUGCAGGGCUCAACAAGGGCGACCAUGUGGGCUAUGUCACGUUUGUGCUCUUCCCAAGACACUUUGCCAACGCAGAGGUGAGCGCGGCCACCAUCUCGCGCAUCCAGCUAUUCCGCGACUACCUGCACUACCACAUCAAGUGCUCCAAGGCUUACAUGCACAGCCGCAUGCGCCACCGCGUCGCCGAGUUUCUCAAGGUGCUCAAUCGGGCCAAGCCGGAGUUGGCCGAGAAGGAGAGGAAGACGGCUAGCGGCAGGACGUUCCGUCGUGCGUGA